AGUUAGCUAUAUACCAUCAUCGCAUACGUCGCGUUUUAUCAAAUGGUUAAGUUAGAUCACGCAUUAAGUUUCGCUCAAGUUUUUCUCUUAAGUCUUUAAUCUUCUCGUAUUAAUUAGUCGUAUGCAGUAGUGUAGAUAAAAAUGUAUAUUUAAUUCUACGAAAAAGAAAUUUGUCAACGAAUCGUAUCAGUAACGGUAGCGGACUAAGAUGAAACUAUAAUUUUAAGGUUAGAAAGAUUAUGUGGAAUACGGGGAGAAAAAUUUCUCUCUCGUAAUAUGCAUAUCAGAAGGACGAAAUUCUUAUCGAUAUGGCAUUGUACAAUAGGUGUUCUCGACUAUUGAAAUAUUACAAAAAGACGUACGUGAGCAGUUAUCAAAGAUUUUGUAGUUUUGAGAAACACUUUGUUGAGAAGAAUGAUUCCAUUGAUUUCGAGAAAUACAAAGGGCAACACCUUGAUUUCCAUAAUUCGACGAUUUCUAAUUGUUCUCCUUCGUUAACGUUCAACACGUUAGAAAAUAAAGUUUUAAAUUUUUGUAUAAAUCUUCGAAAUGGUAGGGUCUAUCUAAAUGAUUUAGAGGAAAUUAUUCAAAUUUAUGAGAAAACGAACAAUCUACUAUUGGACAAUAUUGAUUUGAUAUUGCUCAAGUGUUGCGGCAAAUUGUUAUCCAGUGUCGAUCUCCUAACAAGACGAAAGUUAACUAAUAAGGUAUGGAAUUUACUCGAAAGGAAAGGCUGUGAAAUAACGUUGAAACAUUAUAAUGUCCUUCUUGAAGUUUACGCGCAAAAUUUGGAAUUAAUAAAUCCGCAUAAAUUCUUAGAUAAUAUGACGUUAGAACCUGAUCAGAGGAUAUAUUGUUCUUUAUUGAAUGUAAUAUCAAAUACUGAUGAUUCUGAAUUAACUGUCAAUAUGAUAAAGAAGAUGAAAGAGGUAAUAAAUCAUCGUUGGAGCAAGGAAACGUUCGAUAUGAUUGUCAAAGCAAAUGCCAUGCAGGGCAAUAUCGAGGAGGCUUAUAAAGUAAUCGAAGAAAUGAAAUUCCAUGAGAUCGUCCCAUCUAUUGAAACUUACGUUUACUUAGCGUACGGUUAUGCAAGGACCGGCGUUAUUUCCAAGAUUAUAGACAUUUUUCAAGAGUACCAUCCUAGUGUUACGAAUAUAAUCGACGUAAUAAAAAUUCUCAAUCGUUAUGGAUACGAGGAGCACGUAGAGAGGAUUUUAAAAUUUCUACCUGUAUCGUUGAAAUUAAAUGAUUUAUCUUUAAUUACUAAUGCCAUUAUCGAGCUCAUAUAUGCCGGUCAAAGGAAAAAUGCACUCAAGAUAAUAAUUAAUCUUCCUACGGAAUCAACGGUUACAAAUAUUUGCGUGGAAUAUGUCAGACACUUUGUAAACGAGGGAAUACAAUUGAAUAAAUCGGACGAGGAUAUUUUAAAAAUGAUACACGAAAUCACAGAUCAUAAAUAUUCUCCGUUUGUCAUAAACGAAGCUACCGAAGUUGUUUUGUCCAAAGGCAGGAUAUCUUUGGCUCUUAGUUUAUUCGAGGAAAUGAGAAAGAACGACAUACCGGUACGUUCUCAUUAUUAUUGGCCUUUGUUAAUAGAGGCGCAUGAGCGCCGCGCAGACAGAAACAAAUUUUACUCUCUCAUUUCGCACAUGAUAUCCUUGAACGUCGAGAUAAGUAAAGAUACGCUCAUUGACUACCUAUUACCUUUCGUGAAUCCUAAUUUCGUUGAUCCCAUUGAGAUGACAAAAACAUUGAUCGAUAUUGAAAUUAAUUAUAUGACCGUGAUAGAAAGCGUCAGUGCGUUUCUCUUGCGUGAAAACAAAUUAAAGGAUCUAGUUUUAUUGCAAUCUAAAUUCAAUGCGAAAAUUAAUUUUUGUGAUACUUGCUUAGAAAAGUCUCUUAUCCAGGGAUAUGAAAAAGCAACCGACAAGUUGGCUUUCACGUCGUUGAUGUUAAAAAUUCUCUAUAGUAUGAAACCACCGUAUUUGUAUAUUUUAAAUGGAUUACUAAAUGACGCAGCCGAGUUUAAAAAGUUGCACCGGCUUAUUGAAUUUUUACGAAUAUUAAAAAAAUAUAAGGUAACAUUGCCAAUGGCAGAGAUCGAUGUCAUGAAGAAACGGAUUGUUGACAUAAAUUUAUCGGAUGCGGACGAAUGGAAAACUAUUGAGGAUUUAUUGAAAGACAUGAACGACAAGCAAAUAGAUAUGAGUAUGAAAGGUGACUCGUCAGAUUUAAUAUUAUCAUUGAAUCCGCAUCCAAGUAAGAUGGACACCGAAGGACUGCGUAAUCAUAUUAUAGAACUUAAAUCUAAAAAUAUGAACACUCGUGGGACGAUUAAGAGAUUACUCGAACGAUAUUGUAAAUACAACGAUUUAAAGGGUGCCGAGGCUAUAAAGGAAGAAAUUAUUUCGAAUAAUAUCGAUUGGACACCAGGAAUGAGAGCGAUGUUAUUUGAUUUGUAUGUAAAAAAUAAUCUAUUGGAUAAAGCCGAAGCUGAGUUAAAUGAAAUUCGAAGUAAUUACAGUCAUUUUAUGUUAGAUAAUAAUAAAAUAUUAUCGUAUGCUAUUUGUUUGGUGAAAAACAAUAGAUUGGACGAUGCCUUUAAUGUGAUAAACGAUAUUAAAAAUAUUAAUGCUCUUAUGAAUGUUACGGGCAAAUGUUUGCAGUUGUUAUCUGCGAUAAUGAAUGACGAACGUCAUGGCGAUGCCGAAAAAAUGUUAAUAACUCUCGUUAAGAAUAAUUAUUGUAAAUUGGAAAAUAGUUUACUCAAUCCUUUGGUAAAAGGUCAUAUUGAGAGAAACGACAUAGAAUCUGCCGUGGAUACUUUUCUACGCUGUGCGAAUAAAUAUAAGCAAACCCCGGCGAAACAAAUAUUAUUAGGAAUAUUGGUUAGGCAUAUGGAUGAUUCGUCGAUACCGGAUGUUAAGAAUAAAUUGAAGAAGGUUUUAAACAGUAUAAGAGAUGUUCACGGAGAGCCAGUGGCUGUGGUAAAGUUGAUCCUGGCAUUGGUGGAAUUCGGUGAAAUCGAACAAUUACGAAAGAUAUUUCAGAUGCGAAACGUGCGAAUGAAAUUAUUGAUUAACGAUAUUCGCAAUUACGAUAACGACAGUAAACUGAAUAUAUCGUUAACCAUAUUCGAAGUCAUCAAGUAUACCAAAAACAUAAAUGUAAAUCUUUUGUGCGAUUACAUACUUUCGAUCUAUGAUCAAAUUAAUGAUUGCAAGGGAGCUGACCGGUUACUCAGAGAAAUGGAAAAGGCAUCGAUAAGGCCGACUGAAAAGUAUAUAAGUAAGUUCCGCGCGGUCCAAUAAAACGAGGAAAGAACGAUUAUGAAAUGUAAUUAUUUAACGACAUUGAGCCUUAUUUGGAUAAUUUUCGAAUGAAGAUAAGGAAAAUGGUAAGAAAUUCAAAGAAUUCAUUCAAUAAAGAGUUUUGGAAUUUUCUUCGAG